AUGGAUGACUCGGGAUUACCACCUAACUGGGAGGUGCGCCACAGCAACUCCAAGAACCUUCCAUACUAUUUCAACGCGAGCGAGAAAAUUUCUCGCUGGGAACCACCGAUUGGAACCGAUACCGAGAAGUUGAAACAAUAUAUGGCAAUUCACCAUUCUACUUCGUCUCAGAUGGCUCCCGUCAGCCACCCCGAGGGCAAAAUCCGCGCCGCCCACCUACUAGUCAAACACCGCGACAGCCGGCGACCUGCGAGCUGGCGCGAGAGCAAAAUUACCCGAACCAAGGAGGAAGCAAUGGCUAUUAUCAAGGGUCACGAGCAGAAGAUCAAGAGUGGAACCGUGUCUCUUGGAGAGAUCGCCAUGACUGAAAGCGACUGCAGUUCGGCCAGAAAGAGGGGAGAUUUAGGAUACUUCGGUAAGGGGGACAUGCAAAAGGAAUUUGAAGAGGCUGCUUUCGCACUACAACCUGGGCAGAUGAGUGGUGUUGUAGAAACCGCAAGUGGGCUGCAUCUAAUCGAAAGGUUAGUUUGA